AUGACGGACCCAAGUAAACCACCAUAUGUACACUUUUUUGGAGUAAUGGGAGCUACCUCAGCUAUGGUUUUUAGUGGUAAGUUGAAAUGAUUUCUCGAAGUCUAUGUAUGUCGCCAUCUUUGUUUGCUAUUAAAUAAAUAAAAAUGUGAUAUUUAGCUUUAGGAGCUGCUUAUGGUACGGCGAAAAGUGGCACAGGAAUUGCAGCGAUGAGCGUGAUGAGACCUGAACUGAUCAUGAAAUCUGUGAUCCCAGUCGUUAUGGCUGGAAUUCUCGGGAUUUAUGGCUUAGUUGUGGGAGCUCUGAUCGGAAAUGGCA